AUCUGCCUUGGACCUGCAGUUCGGAAAAGGGAUCAUCUCUGAGGCACGGUUAAGAGACGGAAAACCAGUCCCAGACGAUGAGCACUUUAAGUAGCACUGGAAUAUUACUCAGCUUAACGACAGUGUCUGUUACGCUGGAUUUUAGUUUGCAUGGUGGUCUGAUGGCUUGGUCCUUAAGCAGCAAUUUGACUCUGAAUCAGAGUUUACCUACAUCUGAUCCUCUUAAUGCCUCUGAGAAGGGCGAAGUCUCUCGGAUGUCUGUGAGGGAGAAGAACUGGCCGGCCCUCCUGAUCUUGGUUGUCAUCCUGCUGACCAUUGGGGGGAACAUAUUGGUAAUUAUGGCUGUGUCCUUGGAGAAGAAGUUGCAGAAUGCCACAAACUUCUUCCUGAUGUCCUUGGCGGUGGCAGACAUGCUGGUGGGUAUCCUGGUCAUGCCCGUGUCGCUCAUUGCAGUCCUGUACGAUUAUGCUUGGCCUUUGCCUAAACAGUUGUGCCCUAUAUGGAUUUCCCUAGAUGUGCUCUUUUCAACUGCAUCUAUUAUGCAUCUCUGUGCCAUCUCUCUUGAUCGGUAUGUAGCAAUACGCAAUCCCAUUGAGCACAGCCGCUUCAAUUCCCGCACCAAGGCUAUUAUGAAAAUUGCUGCAGUUUGGACCAUAUCCAUAGGGAUAUCUAUGCCCAUCCCAGUCAUUGGUUUGCAGGAUGACUCCAGGGUGUUCGUAAAUGGGACCUGUGUCCUCAAUGACGAGAAUUUCGUCCUCAUUGGAUCCUUCAUGGCGUUCUUCAUCCCUCUCAUCAUCAUGGUGAUCACGUAUUGCCUGACCGUCCAGGUGCUGCAGAGACAGGCAACGGUGUUCAUGUGCGGAGAGGUGCCCAAGCAGAGGAGGAGCAGCGUAAACUGCCUCAAGAAGGAAAACAACACAGAGAACAUUUCAAUGCUUCACAAUCACGAGGGGGCAUCUCACUUGAACUCUCCUGUAAAUAAGGAGGCAGUGCUUUUUCGGAAAGGAACUAUGCAGUCCAUCAACAACGAGCGAAGAGCUUCGAAGGUCCUGGGCAUCGUCUUCUUUUUGUUCCUCAUCAUGUGGUGCCCAUUUUUCAUCACUAAUGUCAUGUCUGUCCUUUGCAAGGAAGCCUGCGAUAAAGACCUCUUGAGUGAACUCCUCGAUGUGUUUGUUUGGGUGGGGUAUGUUUGCUCCGGGAUCAAUCCCCUCGUAUACACACUCUUUAAUAAAACGUACCGCAGGGCUUUUUCCAAUUACAUCCGUUGCCAAUACAAGACCAGUAAAAAAUCCGCGCUGCGGCAGAACCAGUGUCUGAAUGUUGCUUCAACAGCUUUAUAUGGGAAAGAUCUGACUUUAACUAGUUAUCGAAAUGGCAAUGAACUCAACAGCAUGGAACUAGAUGAAGCUGAGGGCCUUGAAAUGCAACCGGGGACUUCAGAGCUCUCCAUAAACAGCUGUAACGUUGUAAGCGAGAGAGUGAGCUGUGUGUAAAGGUGGCUCACAGAGCCUUUUGCUACGGUGUAUCUGUAGCCAAAAUAUAUUGUGUAAAAAUGUAAGUGUUGGUCAAAGGAAAAUGUAAAUAUUGCAUUCUGAACAAAGCUUUUUUUUUUUAAAGAAAAAAAAAGAGUUGUCUUUCCAGUCUGGUACUUAAAAUCAUAUAUAUUAAU